AUGCUUGACCAAUAUACUUACGUCUUUGUGAUCGGCACGCUCUUUGCGAUGCUCGAUGCCUUCAACAAUGGCGCAAACGAUGUCGCGAACGCCUGGGCAACCAGUGUGUCCUCGAGGUCUAUCUCAUACAGGCAGGCCAUGAUCUUCGGUACCGUCUUCGAGAUGCUGGGAGCCAUCACCGUCGGUGCCCGGACAGCCGACACCAUCAAGAAUGGAAUUAUCCCCAACGCUGCCUUCCAGGGAAAUGCCGGAGUCCAGAUGCUCGCCUUCACGUGCGCCCUUGCCGCUGCCUCGUCGUGGGUCAUGUGGUGCACAAAACACUCUGCCCACGUCUCCUCAACAUACUCCCUCAUCUCGGCCGUUGCUGGUGUCGGUGUCGCAACUGUCGGUGCUUCAGAGGUCCAGUGGGGUUGGAACGACGGCAAGGGCUUGGGUGCCAUCUUCGCAGGUCUCGGUAUGGCCCCGGCCAUCUCUGCCGGCUUUGGUGCCACCAUCUUCAUGCUCAUCAAGUUGGUCGUGCACAUGCGCAAGAACCCGGUCCCAUGGGCCGUCUGGACCUCGCCCUUCUUCUUCCUCAUCGCCGGUACCAUCUGCACGCUCUCCAUUGUCUACAAGGGCUCUCCCAACCUGGGCCUGAACAAGAAGCCCGACUGGUGUCGCCUCAAGCGCGCCAUCGUGCCCAACUACGCAGUCGUCCAAGAGGAUGGGGAUGAUGUCGACAACACCCACACCUCCCCGGGAUCCAUCAGCGGUGACUCGACCCAGGCCGAGAAGCAAGCAGACCAGGAAAAGGCUGUCGUCAACUCCGAGACCAAGCAGCUCACCUACAAGGAGCUCCAGGAGCAGGGCGAGGAAAGGCUGCGCGCCAAGCUGCUCAAGAAGCGCGGGCCCCUGGGCUGGGCUAUGCGCACGCUGCGCGACAACCCCAUGGGAGCAGGCCAGAUCUACGAGCUCCACAACAUGAAGAUGCUGUGCAAGCGCAUCCCGGCCAUGGUCACCGUCGGACUGCUCUACGGCCUGCACUACGACAUCCACGCCGCGCAGUCCGGACACGCUGGCACCCCCGAGGGUGCGCGCAUGGAACGCGUCUACGCCAACGCCGUGAAGUACCCCAACGAGGUCGAGCACACGUACUCGUUCGUGCAGGUUCUGACGGCCUGUACCGCCUCCUUCGCCCACGGCGCCAACGAUAUCGGCAACUCGGUCGGUCCCUGGGCUGUCAUCUACUCGGCCUGGUCAACGGGUGAGGCCGCCGCUGCCAAGGCGCCCGUCCCGAUCUGGCAGCUCGCCGUCCUGUCCGCCACCAUUUCUCUCGGUCUCAUCACCUACGGUUACAACAUCAUGAAGGUCAUGGGCAACAAGAUCACAUAUCACUCCCCCAGCCGUGGCUGCUCCAUGGAGAUGGGCGCCGCCGUCACCGUCCUGGUCUUCUCGCAGUUCUCCCUCCCCGUGUCCACAUCCAUGUGCAUCACCGGCGCCACCGUCGGCGUCGGCUUGUGCAACGGCACGCUGAAGGCCGUCAACUUCCAGCGUGUCGGCCUGCUCGUCAUCGCCUGGAUCGCCACCAUCCCCAUUGCCGGCACGCUGGGCGGCAUCCUCAUGGGUCUGUUCCUCAACGCGCCUCAUUUCGGUUCCUAG